CCACGAACCUUCUCGUCAUGUUCUGAUCCGGCUGCACACGGCGGCCUGCGCACCUCACGUGCACGAUCGGAUUAUUUGAUGUAGCCUAAAGCUUCAGUUUGCAGCAUUUAAGUCACAUUUGCACAUGCAGCAUCCAUCUGCAUCCUACGUCCAUCCGAGCCGGGAGCAGCUUUGACGGAGCCGCGCUGCAGAGCGUCGAUGUCCGGAGUCACAUCAGGCGGCUCCAUGCCGGAGCCCGGAGCCGCGGCGCGGCGGAGCCCGCAGGGAGUCCUCUACACCGACCUCAGGCACAUCGUCAACGCCGACGGACUGCACCUGUUCUGCCGCUACUGGGAGCCCGACGAGCCGCCGAGGGCCCUGGUGUUGAUUGUCCAUGGGGCCGGCGAGCACUGCGGCCCGUACGAUGAGCUCGCACGGCGGCUGAAGCAGUUGUCCUUGCUGGUCUUUGCUCAUGACCACGUUGGCCAUGGACAGAGUGAAGGUGAAAGGAUGAACAUUAAGGACUUCCAGAUCUACAUCAGAGACUCUCUGCAGCACAUCGACCUGAUGAAGUCCCUCCACCCCAACCUGCCCGUCUUCCUCGUGGGCCACUCCAUGGGUGGAGCUAUUGCUAUCCUCACAGCCUGUGAGAGACCCAACGAUUUUGCUGGAGUGGCUCUGAUUGGCCCAAUGGUCCAGAUGAACCCAGAGUCAGCCACACCCUUUAAGGUUUUCUUGGCCAAGGUUCUGAACUCCGUGGCGCCCAGCCUCACUUUGGGAGCCAUCGAGUCCAAAUGGGUCUCACGGGAUCCGAAGCAGGUGGAGGCGUAUGAUGCUGAUGAGCUGAACUAUCACGGGAGGAUGCGGGUGUCAUUCGCCAUACAGCUGAUGGGGGCGGUGGCGCGCAUCGAGAGGGCGAUCCCCUCCAUCAGCUGGCCCUUCCUGCUGCUGCACGGCGACACCGACAAACUCUGCGACAUCAGAGGUUCCGAAGUGAUGUACAAGAAUGCCGCCAGCACGGACAAAAAACUCAAGAUCUAUGAGGGAGGCUACCACGCCCUUCACCAUGACCUCCCAGAGGUGGUCGAGUCGGUGUUGAAGGAGUUGACCAGCUGGAUUGCAGAGCACCUCCCAGACGUGACCUCACCACAACCAGAGGGCUCCUAAACUGCCACCUCGAAGAACGUGACCCCUCAGCCUCAUCCCCAGUGGCCUGUCCACCUUACACAAGUCUAAUGGGUAUUAAAAUUCUGCGACACUCACCUCUGUGGGACAGUUUUGUUGGCUGUACUCACAUUCAGGGUCACGUUUACUGACAUAAUGUCCAAAAGCUUCCCGUGGCUGCAGAAUGAGUCUCUCGGUAGCUAAAAUAUCCCCCCGCGUCCUGUAAGGCAGCCAAACUGUGUUGGUCGGUGACUCUAGGAAGCACUUGCGGUCCAUGCUGCCACCCUGGAGGAUGAUCAGGGAAGUUUUCCUUUAAUUUUCUGCACUGACUGAGUGGACCUAUUUGGCUCUAGUUUCCGGUAGAUGUGACUGACGUUCUCACGACUGCUUCCCUCUUCCAGCUGCUGAGGCUUCAGGUGCAAACUCUGACUUCUCCUUUUCAAACACACCUGAAAUCUUUUGCAUAACAUUGACAGAAAUCGUCGAUCUGCAAAGAACUACUUCUUGUUUGUUCCGCAUAGCCUGCUCACAGAGGGGUCAAAGGUCAAGGUGGGUUAGAGAAACCCGCCCUGGACCUGCUGUGGGGUUAGUUCAUUGGUCUUCAAAGUGUCGCCUGAAGUGGAGCGUCUGAGGUUUUAUAUCAUUCAUUCAUUCACUUUCUAUACCUGCUUACUCCAAUUAGCUGAGGUUUUAUUUCACGCAUUUUUAUUUGAUUAUUCUCACUCUGCCCUUAAGGUGGCGCUGUUGUUUUUCAGAAUUAGUACAUUUGGAUUAUUGUGGAGGUUUUUCACAUGAUUUUUAAAUACUGACUGUGGAUCUAGUUUGCAGAAAGUUAAAUGUUAAAUAGUUUAGCACUAAACUGAUCUGCGUGAUGAAGGUUUGUGAGCUGUGCUUCUUCUUCUUCUUUUAUUUUAAUUAGCGUGCACUUAUCCAGCGCUUCCUCUCCUUUGUUCAGAUACUUGGGUUCAGUUUUUCAUUCUUCUCUCUGUGUGACACAACCUCAACACGUCCUUCUUUCUGCUUAAGCUUCAAAUUGCACAAUUGUAACUAGUGAAUUGAAAAUACGCUUCAUGUAAACAUAUAUUUCAAAACAAGUAUCAAGUAUUGCCAAAAACAAAAAAAAAAUACUCUUUCUGGUUCUUCAGAUAAUUUGAAUAAGCCAUAUUUUACAGAACUGGAAAGGAAAACUUUUUUCCACAAUUAUAGGUCACAUGACAUAAAGAGUUACAAAAUGACAUAAAAUACGAGGUCUGUCCAAAAAAGUAUUGGACCUUUUUAUUUUUUGCAAAAACUAUAUGGAUUUGAAUCACGUGUGAUUGCAUCAGCCAAGCUUGAACCUUCGUGCGCAAAAGCAU